GCUCGCCUCCCGCCUGUGCCCGCCGACGCCGCCGCAGCUGCCGCCUCCGCCCGCCGCGCGGACCGAGGGAGCGGUGUCGCCGCCGCCUGCCCGCCCGGGUGCCCGCGAGCCCGGGCUGCGGUGGGCCAGGAUGUCGGGAUUCCUGGAGGAGCUGCUGGGCGAGAAGCUAGUGACUGGCGGCGGCGAGGAGGUGGACGUGCACUCGCUGGCCGCCCGCGGCAUCUCGCUGCUCGGGCUCUACUUCGGCUGCAGCCUGAGCGCCCCCUGCGCGCAGCUCAGCGCCAGCCUGGCCGCCUUCUACGGCCGCCUGCGGGGGGACGCAGCGGCCGGGCCGGGGCCGGGGCCGGGGGCCGGGGCGUCGGCGGAGCCCGAGCCGCGGCGCCGCCUGGAGAUCGUCUUCGUGUCCUCGGAUCAGGACCAGCGGCAGUGGCAGGACUUCGUGCGGGACAUGCCGUGGCUGGCGCUACCCUACAAGGAGAAGCACAGGAAGCUUAAACUUUGGAACAAAUACCGAAUUUCCAACAUUCCAUCGCUCAUAUUCUUAGACGCCACUUCCGGGAAGGUCGUGUGCAGGAACGGGCUGCUGGUGAUCCGCGAUGACCCAGAGGGUUUGGAAUUCCCCUGGGGACCUAAACCCUUCAGGGAAGUCAUUGCAGGGCCCUUGCUUAGAAGUAACGGGCAGUCCCUGGAGAGCAGCAGCCUGGAGGGGUCUCACGUGGGAGUCUAUUUCUCCGCACACUGGUGUCCACCCUGCCGAAGCCUCACCCGGGUCCUGGUGGAGUCCUACCGGAAGAUCAAGGAGGCAGGCCAGAAAUUCGAGAUCAUCUUUGUUAGUGCGGACAGGUCCGAGGACUCAUUCAAACAGUACUUCAGUGAGAUGCCGUGGCUUGCAGUCCCCUACACCGACGAGGCCCGGCGGUCGCGCCUCAACCGGCUGUAUGGAAUCCAAGGCAUCCCCACCCUCAUCGUGCUGGACCCGCAGGGGGAGGUGAUCACGCGGCAGGGACGGGUGGAGGUGCUGAACGACGAGGACUGCAGGGGCUUCCCGUGGCACCCCAAGCCCGUGCUGGAGCUUUCCGACUCCAACGCUGUGCAGCUCAACGAGGGCCCCUGCCUCGUCCUGUUUGUAGAUUCUGAGGAUGACGGCGAGUCGGAGGCGGCCAAGCAGCUGAUCCAGCCAAUAGCUGAGAAGAUCAUUGCCAAGUACAAAGCCAAAGAGGAGGAGGCGCCGCUCCUGUUCUUUGUGGCGGGGGAGGAUGACAUGACUGACUCCCUGCGAGAUUACACCAACCUGCCCGAGGCUGCCCCUUUACUCACCAUUCUGGACAUGUCAGCCCGGGCCAAGUACGUGAUGGACGUGGAGGAGAUCACCCCCGCCAUUGUGGAGGCCUUUGUGAAUGACUUCCUAGCAGAAAAGCUCAAACCAGAGCCCAUCUAGUGGGGCCCCAGCUUCCCGGGACCUUAUUUAAAACUCAUUCUUCUCCUCCCCCUCCCCCCUCUUCCCGUCACCCUUGGACUUUUCCAGAGUGUUCCGAAUCACACAACCCAAGUGUCCAACCUCUCUGUGGUGCCUUGUUUUCUGCAUUAACUCCUCAGCUAGCACCCUAGGGUGCGCAUACUCUCCAGCAGCAGAAGAAACCACCGUGUUUGGAGACUCUAUUCGGGGAUUCGUGGGGCUGGCAUAACCGGCCAGAAUGAGGGCUGCGGCGCGCUCUUGGUCGCUGGCUCUGGGUGAGGUAUUUUGCGCGCCCCCGGGUGUUCUAACGCCGAGUGGGCACAGACCUUGGGUGCGCCGGCUCUGCCGCGGGUGCUAGAACGCAUGCGCAGAGCCCCAGCGGCUCAGAGCCACGCGGGCGCUCAGGUGGAGCCGGGUGGGGGCACGGCCCUGGAGGUCUUGGCGCAGAACUUCUGCCUGCCAGGACAGCCUUUCCUCAGUGACUUGGUCUGUCUUGAUCUGAGGAGAAAAACACCAGCUUGUCAGUAGUUAUCUUGGGCAGGGGAGGAGCUCCAGCUCUCAAAGGUAACUUGUGUUCUUUUCUGAUGAGAAAGAGGAGCUACAGUAUUGGUUCACGUAGUAAUUGCUUACUUUGAUGGAGCACCUCCCAUGUGAUAAGAAAGAGCUGCUCCUUCCUUCCUUCGAGCUCUUUCUCCCUUGAUCUUGACCUUCCCCCAGUUUCUGCCUUCUCAAAUGGACAGCCCCUCCCAUCUUAGAAUGUUGUUAGUAAGUUCUCGCCUCUGGCCAUCUUCCCAAGAAGAGGCAGUGACGGACCUGCAUUGCCAGAAGAGCACUGUGCCCCCAGCACCCUGUGGCUCUGGGCCUGAGGCCCCUGGAGCCUCUGCCCACCCUUGGUUACCCCUGCGUUCCCUUUUCUUCUCAAAGCAGAACUUUUAAAAAGAGACAAGGAGUUGCCAGAAGCCUAGCUUUUCCCUAAGAACCUGCAGAAAGGGCUGUGCCCUAGGGAGUGCAGGCUGAGGACAGGUCAGCUAAAAAUGGGCCCUGUGUUGGCUCUGCUGGGCCCAGCUCAGCCCCUUCUUUGGGCUGAACUGACCUCAGAAAGGAAACUAGCAGCUGUGCUCUUAGGAUUUGGGGUAGAAGGCUUCCCCGGGUUUCAGCCUAUCUCAGUCAGGUGUCAGGGCCUUUCGGAUCAUCUCAGGCCUCACCUCUGGCUCCACUCACAGCCAACCAAGACCAUUUAUUUGGAAAACCCAGCCCCUUCCAAUUAGCUGUUGACAGCAUUGCUUCUUGCUGAGUGGGAUUGUUCGUUUGUAGUUCAGAGGGACAAGUUGAGUUGGUCAUUAGACUAUUACUGUUACCAGCCUGAAAUGCAAUCACCUAGUAAGAAAUAAAACAGGCAUCUCUGGACGUUAUCAACCA